AUGGUUGAUGAUAAUGAUGAUGAUGUACCCUUAUUGAAUGAUGAUGAUGAUGAACAACUAAUAACAUCAGAAGAUAGUCAACCAAAUGUUGAAGCAGUUUAUGUCGUUACUUUUGACGUUAAAUAUGGUAAUACAAUUGAAUUUCAAAUGCCGGAAAAAGAACAAAUGCCAUUAAAUGGUUUAGAAUAUAAAGCAAUACCGGGUGGAUCCCAUCAUAUUAAUCAAGAUUUUGUAUAUUUUCGUCAUGAGAAUAAAUAUGGAUUGGCUUGUUUAGCUCGAGCAGAUACUACAAACGUUGAUGAUGGAUCAGCUUUGUCAAUAAUUGAUCAAUCACAACGUGGUAUGCGUAUUAAAUCUGUUGGUAUUUUAACGUCAUCUAUUAUACAUAUUCAGUCAUAUGUUUAUCUUUUACAAAGUGAAGCUAGACUUUAUCUUCACCAAUCACCAGUUAAUUAUGAUCGUUUAAAACGACUUCUUGUACGACAAGACCAACCAACAUCAGUUCCUGCUUCUAUUUACGACUCUUUAUUCACUGAAUUUAUUCAAAAAUUUGGUGCAGCCAUCUUUCCACUUUCAAGGUUAAUUCUUCUUGGUAAACGUAUUUUACUUUAUUCACGUUCACCUAUUGGACCUCUUUGUAAUGCAGUUUAUUUUACUCAUAUCAUAAAUCAAUCUGUAAAUCCACUUUUUUUUGUUACUAUUACGGAUUUACCAAUGCUUCAUAGUGAACAAUCUUAUAUUGGUUGUACAACAGAAAAAAUCUUUACAGAAAAAAUACAUAUUUAUGAUGUACUUAUUGAUUGUGAUAACCAAAUUGUUUUCCAUACAAGUGAUUCGAUUUUACAGUCAAUUGUUAAAAUAACACGCAAUGAUCAUAAUCGCUUAAAAAAGACCGUGACUUUAAAUUCAUUUAUUAACAUCGGUAAUCGUUUAUCUCGAUUAUUGAAUCAAUUAUCUCAAUCAAAUAAUAAUCAACAAAUGACUAAAGAAAAUUUUGAUUCCAUUGACCUUCAUCAACGUUAUGAUCGAUUAUUUCUUAAUGAAUACAUUCGAAUACAUCAUAUUCCAAAUGUUAUUAUAAGUAAUCCAAGUUCAACAUUUUUUCGUGUUUCGCCUUGUUGUUGUUGA